GCAGGGGUAGGGGCGUGUCCCACGGUGCCUUGGAAAAAAUAAGACGUCCCCGAAGGAUGCCAGCGCCUAGGAUACUUUUAAAACGAACUUGGCGGGGCAGCGGGAGCUCCCCCUCACUCCUCUCUGGAGAGAGGGCAUCCCAGGUGUGCCUUAAACGCCUCCGAUCUUGCAGUUUCCGGUUACAAAGGUCCCAUCGUCGCUCAGGUCCCAGGUCCGCGUGAUGUGGUUUAUUGUGGCAACAGUUCCCUGGCGUCGAGCGCCUCCUGCCGAGCCCUGAAGCGCGGGAGGCUGUGGACAGCGGAGGCGCGGGGCGCGGGGUCGGAGCGCUGGGCGCGCGGGCAGCGCGGCCGCAGAGACCGCGCGCACCGCACGCGAUGGGCUGCGGACCUUCCCAACCCAGUGAAGAAAGGAGACGCGUGCCCGCGCCCAGGAAGGGCUGGGAAGAGGGAUUCAAGGCUGAUGUCGGUGUGGCUCAUUCUGGGGAGCAUUACAGACCCCAGAUUGAAACUUCACUGCCCGAGGAUGCUACGGGCAGCCCUGGAGACCUGGACAAGCAGGCCCAGUUGGGAAGCUUACCUGGAGCUAUUUCGGAAAAUUUCCCAUCUCCUAGUGAAAGAAACGGAAGACUAAAUUCAGACCUAGCGAUCAAUGGAUUAAUCCAUAAACCCCAACCCUUAGAGAAUCGAGAGCGACAAAAGUCAUCAGACAUUCUGGAGGAGUUAAUUGUUCAAGGAAUAAUACAGAGCCACAGCAAAGUAUUUAGAAAUGGAGAAUCAUACGAUGUCAUGGUGGGCACUACCGAGAAGCCGCUGAGAAAGCCACCAGCCAGGCUGAAAAAACUUAAGAUCAAGAAGGAAGGAAAAGAUUUCACGAUGAAGGACAUAGAAGAGAAGAUGCGGGCAGUGGAGGCACGCAGGAAGACUAAAGAAGAAGAAAUAAGAAAAAGGCUACAGAGUGACAGACUUCCACCCCCAGCCCAUCAUUCAGAUUCAGUUGAACCAGUUGGGGAGGAGGUUCCGUUUGCAAAAGGACUCAAAACCGUGAGUUGUGUCGUAUUUGAACCAUCUGACCUGCAGGAAGGAAAACUGCUGAAAAGGAAGAAGAGUAAAAGUGAAACUACCUCUGAUGAUAGAAACUACAGUUACGAAAAUAUCGGGGUUGUGGAAUCAGACAUGUCCUACAACCAAGCAGACGUCGUAUUCUGAUAAGACUUAAGCCAUUUUAUGUGAAUUUCAGGAAAAGGCAUCCAUUUCCCCGGGUGUGACAUUCUUAGUCUGUCCUGUGUUUUCAUUGACUGCCUGACCCCUCACCCCCUGAGAUGUGCCUUGGGCUUCAGGAAUGAUUGUGUGAGCUUAGUUGAGUAGACUAAACGGCUAGGCUAGCUUUCAAAAAAAAUAAAAGGAAAAUUUGACCAACUUUGACUUUAUAAAGUUGUCGUCCUCCUUAAGUGUGUCUUCAAACAUUGUGAAAAUGCCUUUCAUUGGUGAGCACCUUUCAGCUUCUGUUAAUGUGUUUGUGCCAAAUGAAAUCCUUUUUUGUGGUUCCUGCCCCUUGACUGUGUCCACCCUCUGAGGGUCCUUUAAGACAAAUUGUUUGGAUUUGUGUUAAGUAUUUUAAUGAUCUGUAUGUUUAGGUGUGGGGUUUUUUUUCCUUUUAAUUCUUUUUGUGUUGUGAUGAAAGCAAAAUCCUAAUGUUGGCUUAAUUACAUUUCAUUCACAAAAUUUAAGAAAGCAACAUCCAAUUUUCAGAAUUAAGUGAAAUAUGGAAUUUUCUUCAUGUGAGAAAAGAAAAACUUUAAUUGGAGCUGGUUGGGGAGGAGAUCCAGUGCCUGACUUCCCUGAGGAGUUUCUUGGCCCUCAUCUUCCUGGAAUUACACUGUGGUUCUUCUGUUCCCUCACCACCCUAGUCCAAUCAAUUAUCAGGUCCUGUGAGUCUACGAUCUAUGAAGAUCUCUUGUAUCCAUGUUUAUACUCUCUCCCGUCAUUACCUAGUUCAGACCAUCUGACCAUCAUUCAGCUAGAUUACUACAAUCGUCUUUCUUAAUAUUUUUUCAAUGGUCUUGAGAAAUGGGAUAUUUCCUGCCGUAUCAGUAAACAAGGAUGUCACAGUCAACAGAUUACAGCCCCGCAGUGUGAGUCAAUGAACCCUGAGGGACUCAGGAAGGAAAGACUAGCUGCCAUCUAGCAGCCAUCAGAUUGCAGCCACUCCCUACGAUGAGCCCUGAGGAAACCCAGAAUAUGAAAAUACAGGAUACUGGCCCCAGAG